ACUAACAAUAUCAAAUGUAACACUCGUAAUCUAAUCAGCUACAUGUACUUGUAUUUAUCUCUUAUCAUGCACAUGUAGGUUGAAAAUCCAUAUACAUGUACCAUCAUUACCAGCAGAAAAGUGCAGACACAAGAUACAGGCUAUAGAUAGGUUACUGGGUGCUAGAAACUAUAAUUGAGUACCGGUAGAUGGUAGUAAAUCAUUUUUAAUCGAUUCAGGAGUAAGUCACCACAGUUUCUGAUCUGGUUUGCAGACCUGUGCAAAAGCAAGCAGCCAUGUUCACAUUCCACCGUCCCAAGAUCUACCGCAGUGUAGCCGGGUGCUGUAUCUGCAAGGCCAAGUCAUCCAGCUCCAGAUUCACAGACAGCAAGAAGUAUGAGAUGGAGUUCAAGAACUGCUUCAACCUGGUGGAGGGCCAGCAGAGACAAGGAGAGAUCUGCAACGCCUGUGUGCUACUCAUCAAGAGGUGGAAGAAACUACCCAAGGGAACCGAGAGGAAUUGGAACCAUGUAGUAGAUGCCAGGGCGGGGCCAGGGGGGAAGUCCCAGCUGAGGCAGAAGCUCAAAACCCAGAAGACCGCGCCCACCAACCUCUACUCCAACAACUGCAACAACAACAACCCCGGCUCCCUGGUGACGGAGCACGGGUGGAGCCGGAGACACAAGAGGAAGCACGCCGAGCGGAAGAGGAGGAUGCAGCUCCUGGACGGGCUGAGAGCAAGGAGUCAUCCUGACACGGAAGAUGCAUCGCCACCUAGCCCCACCCCCAGUGAUGCCUCAGACAUCUCAGUAGCCUCCCAGCCAAGAUCUAGGACUGGGUUAAUAUCAUCAGAUGACUUAGAUGAACUACCCCCUCUACUGGCCUCCAUCAUUGACACUUCUUACUGGAAAAUGGAGAAGAUUUGUUGUGGGACCAUCUUCAAGGGGGUGCGAGGAGAGAUCAUGGUGCACCCACAGCUCCUCAGACCGUGCGCAAACUCCUGCCUGGGGUCAGGGGUCAGACGGCCGACCCCUAGCCCCGCCCACAGGUCACCCUCUGACCCCUCUUCCCAGCACAAGCCAAGCCCCGCCCUCUCUUGCAACAAGGGUGUGGUCAGCAGCGACCCCAUCGCAGCAGUGACCAACAAGCGUGGGGCGAGACAGGACAGUAUCGGUAGCGAGGGAUCCAACGACAGCUCGGAAUCGGAUGACCUCAGCUUAUUAGCUCACUCUGCAGAGGUCGAAGGGCAGAGGUUAACAGGAAGUGACAUCAUGGAAUCAUGCUAGUGUUGCGCGUGUCCUCUUCCAAGAAACAUAAUACUCCCUGAUCUGUUGUUUGUUUCCUCAACCUUGGUCAUGGUCAAAAGAAUAUUGUGUUGUAAUUGAAUGUCAGCGCCGGAAUCAAGUGAGUUCUUCCUCAAAAUCGUCCAGCCUUUAGAGUCGUACGUCUGUUUACGGAUGAGCGAGAUGUUCUGCAUGUAGAGGUCAGAUCCCAAAUGUUGGCCGGCCCAGUUUCGACUAGCUCCCAUGCCACGUCUUGAGGAUGGCGACUGGACAGUCGCAGACGUGUGCA